GCGGCCGCCCGAGCCCCCCGCCAGCCCCGGGGGCUGCCCCGCGGGAGGAGAGGCCCGGGGAGAGCCCGGCCGCCGGUGGGAGCAGCCCCGCCGGCGCCGCGGGGCAUGUAGGCACCGAGCAGCGGCGGUCCCGGACACGCUGGUGGACAUGGGCAGAGCGCCGGCGCACGCUCUGCUGCUGUCGAUGGUGCUGGGCUGCUGGGCUGCCUUCACAGACAUCCUGCUGCCGGGCCCCGAGGAGCCCGUGGUCAACGUGGCCGUGGUGUUUGGGGGCACGUCCUACCCUCUGCACAUCCGCUCCCGCCUGAGCCCCCAGAGCUUCCUGGACAUGCCCCUGGAGAUCCACCCCAUCACUGUCGUCGUCAACAACACCAACCCCAGCACCCUCCUCACCCAGAUCUGCGACAUCCUCGCCGGCCACAAGAUCCACGGCGUCGUCUUUGAAGACAACGUGGGCACGGAGGCCGUGGCCCAGAUCCUUGACUUCAUCUCCUCCCAGACCCAGGUCCCCAUCAUCAGCAUCAGUGGCGGCUCUGCAGUGGUCCUGACCCCAAAGGAGCCCGGAUCAGCUUUCCUGCAGUUGGGUGUCUCCAUCGAGCAGCAAAUCCAGGUGAUCUUCAAGGUGCUGGAGGAAUACGACUGGGGCUCCUUUGCUGUCAUCACCAGCCUCUACCCAGGCUACAACAUCUUCCUGGAUGUCAUCCGCUCCUUCACAGACGCCAGCUACUUUGGCUGGGAGCUGCAGGAGGUGCUCACCUUUGAGAUGAGCCAGGAGCAGAGCAGCUCCAGGACGCAGCGGCUCCUGCGCCAGAUUGACGCCCAGGUCCUCCUUGUCUACUGCUCCCGAGAGGAGGCCGAGUAUCUCUUCUCCAUGGCAGAACAGGCCGGGCUCGUGGGGCCAGGAUACAUCUGGAUCGUGCCCAGCAUGACGGUGGGCAACAUGGAGGUGCCACCCUCCUCCUUCCCGGUGGGGCUCAUCAGCGUGGUGACGGAGAGCUGGAAGCUGAGCCUGCGGCAGAAGGUGCGGGACGGCGUGGCCAUCAUUGCCAUGGGGGCAGCCAGCUUCUUCCGAGCCCACGGCUACCUCCCAGAGGUGGGGCGGGACUGCUGGGCCCCCACCAGGGCCACUGCCACCAACACCAGCUUCUACCGGCACCUUCUCAAUGUGACAUGGGAGCACAGGGACUUCUCCUUCAAUGAAGGUGGCUACCUGGUCAAGCCCACCAUGGUGGUGAUCACGCUCAACCAGCACCGGCUCUGGGAGAUGGUGGGCAAGUGGGAGAAAGGCAUCAUCCACAUGAAGUACCCGGUGUGGCCCCGCUACGGCUCCUUCAUGCAGCCUGUGGUCGACAACCGCCACCUGACAGUGGCCACCCUGGAGGAGAGGCCCUUUGUCAUCGUGGAGAACACGGACCCCAGCACGGGGGUCUGCGUGCGCAACACCGUGCCCUGCCGCAAGCAGACCAACUCCUCCCAGAGCGGUGAUGGCCUUGUGGAUCCCUACACCAAGCUGUGCUGCAAAGGUUUCUGCAUCGACAUCCUGAAGAAGCUGGCCAAGGCAGUGAAGUUCUCCUACGACCUCUACCUGGUGACCAAUGGCAAACAUGGCAAGAUUGUCCGUGGGGUCUGGAACGGCAUGAUUGGUGAGGUGUACUACAAGCGUGCAGACAUGGCCAUCGGCUCCCUCACCAUCAACGAGGAGCGGUCUGAGAUCGUGGAUUUCUCCGUGCCCUUUGUGGAGACAGGCAUCAGCGUGAUGGUGGCCCGGAGCAACGGCACCGUGUCCCCCUCCGCCUUCCUGGAGCCUUACAGCCCAGCUGUGUGGGUCAUGAUGUUUGUCAUGUGCCUCACUGUGGUGGCCAUCACCGUCUUCGUGUUUGAGUACUUCAGCCCUGUUGGCUACAACCAGAACCUCACCAGCGGCAAGAGGCCGGGAGGUCCCUCCUUCACCAUCGGCAAGUCCGUGUGGUUGCUGUGGGCUCUGGUCUUCAACAACUCAGUCCCCAUCGAGAACCCCAAGGGCACCACCAGCAAGAUCAUGGUGCUCAUCUGGGCCUUCUUUGCCGUCAUCUUCCUCGCCAGCUACACAGCCAACCUGGCUGCCUUCAUGAUCCAGGAGCAGUACAUUGACACUGUGUCGGGGCUGAGCGACAGGAAGUUCCAGAGGCCGCAGGAGCAGUACCCACCCUUCCGCUUCGGCACGGUGCCCAACGGCAGCACCGAGAGGAACAUCCGCAGCAACUACCCCGACAUGCACACCCACAUGGUGAAGUACAACCAGCGCUCCGUGGAGGACGCCCUCACCAGCCUCAAAAUGGGGAAGCUGGAUGCCUUCAUCUACGACGCCGCGGUGCUCAACUACAUGGCAGGCAAGGACGAGGGCUGCAAGCUGGUGACCAUUGGCAGUGGGAAGGUGUUUGCCACCACGGGCUACGGCAUCGCCCUGCAGAAGGACUCGCGCUGGAAGCGGGCCAUCGACCUGGCCCUGCUCCAGUUCCUGGGGGACGGUGAGACCCAGAAGCUGGAGACCGUUUGGCUGUCAGGGAUCUGCCAGAAUGAGAAGAACGAGGUGAUGAGCAGCAAGCUGGACAUUGACAACAUGGCUGGGGUUUUCUACAUGCUGCUGGUGGCCAUGGGGCUGAGCCUGCUGGUCUUUGCUUGGGAGCACCUGGUCUACUGGAAGCUGCGUCAUUCCGUCCCCAAGUCCCACAAGCUUGACUUCCUCCUGGCCAUCAGCAGGGGCAUCUACAGCUGCUUCAACGGGGUGCAGACCCUGUCGAGCCCCGGGCGGGCACCCACACCUGAUGUCACCGCCAGCUCAGCCCAGGCCAACGUGCUGAAAAUGCUGCAGGCGGCCAAGGAGAUGGUGACGACGGCCAGCGUGGGCGGCUCGCUGGAGCAGGCCACCCGCACCAUCGAGGACUGGAGCAACCACAGCGAGCGCCUCCAGACCACCUUCUCGCUGAGGACACCCCAGCUCGUGGUGCAGAACAGCACCGGCGCCCACCGCGGGGCCGCCCCCGGCCCGCACCCUGCCGAGAGGCUGGGCAGAGCACCCAAGGGUGCUGCCCCGGGGCUGCCGCUGCCCCAGCCCGUCCCCGUGGACUGCCGUCUGCACGGGGAGGAGAACUGGAGAGGGGAAAACGAGCACCCCCACCUGCUCCACCCCCUGAAGUUUCGGGGUGGCUGUGUAGGGGAUGAAGCUGCCGCAGGCUUCCCCCACCUCCUGGUGAAGACUUCCCCAGGAGGGGAUUACGGGGAGCACAUGCUGGUGGGGAACCAUGUCGGGGCUCCCCUCCCGCCCCAAACAUUCCCCAGAGACCUCCCACCACCGGACAUCUACAGGGAGCACAGGCGGCCGUCGGGACGGGGGGAGCGGCUGCAGAACAACCCCUUGCUCCGGAGGGACGGCACGCCCGGGGGCUCGGGCACUCUGCCGCGGCUGCUCUCGGCAGCGGAGAAGAAGCGGGAGGCGGGCAGCGCCUUCCUGCCUCCAUCGUGCCCCCGCGGAGCCUUCCCCAAAGUCAGCAGGACUUGCAGAGCCCGGGGCGAGCCGGCGCGGCCGGAGGCGGAGCGGGAGCGGCUGAGCCGGUGGGCGAGCGCGGCGCGGGGCCCGGCGGAGCGCGGCGAGACGGGCCGGCUGCCGCCGCGCUCGCCCGCCGCCAGGCUGCCGUCCUACCGGGAGGCUUGCCGGCAAAACCCCCGAGCCGCCUUCGCCUGCUUGAACUCCUGCGGCAGCCUGAACCUGCCGCUCCACGCGCGGCACCUGCCGUGCCGGGAGCACCCCGGGGUGCGGGGCCCGGGGCGCUGGGACGGCGGCUGCAGGGGCUGCGGCAGGCGCGGGGAGCUGGCCGUGCUGCGGGCGGCGGCGGCGGACAGCAGGGACGCGCUGCUGGCCCGCGGCGUGCCGGCUCCCUGGCGGCGGGUCUCCAGCCUGGAGUCGGAGGUGUGAUGGGGGGACAGGGGGGUGUCCGCACCCCGCUGCCCGCCCUGUGCCCGGGUGUCCCCACGGGCCGGCCAGCGGCUCCCGGCCGGGCUCCGGCCUCCCGGCGUCCCGCACCGCCGGCAGCGGGAUGCUCCAAGCGGCUCGGCGGGUCCCGGUGCGCUCUUUGGGGGAGUCGCAGAAGCCUGGCAAGGGCUGGUACGUGCUGGGUCGAGCUCUCCCUACAGGCGGGGACGCCAAACGCAUCGCCGUCACGUUUUGGUUUCGCUCCAAGGACUCGAAACGCCAUGUCUGGGUCAUUAAAAAGACAUUUCCAGCUG